CCCUCUCCCUCUCCGGCGGGGACGCGGCGGCGGCGGCGCACAGGGGGGCAGCCUGCGGCUGGGUAGGAGACGAUGAGAUGCCGGGGCGUCCGGCCGAGCUCGGCGGCGGCUGCCGCACUCUCCACCGCCGCGGCGGGGAAGGCGAGCUGCUCCUGAGCCGGGGGCGCCGAGGGACAUGUUGCUGCGGCGCCUUUCGCAACGGCCAGAUCUGCCUUUGAAGAGGAAAUAGAAAACAUCCCCUCACCUUUGUUUGAAGAGCAUGCAAAAUCAGCGCAAUAUGGCACAGCAUAGCAUUGUCGUGGGAUUAUUUGUAAUGACUGUUUUAUCCUUGCUGGAUGACAGUUCAGCUUUCCUGUUAAAUCAGCGUCUGAAAGGAAGGUUUCAAAGAGAUCGCAGGAAUAUCCGUCCAAACAUCAUUCUCGUCCUCACAGAUGAUCAGGAUGUAGAGCUUGGUUCAAUGCAAGUAAUGAAUAAGACAAGGCGGAUCAUGGAACAGGGAGGGGCUCACUUCAUCAAUGCCUUUGUGACCACGCCGAUGUGCUGCCCGUCCCGCUCCUCCAUUCUCACGGGGAAGUAUGUCCACAACCACAACACCUACACCAACAACGAAAACUGCUCCUCUCCGUCUUGGCAGGCCCAGCACGAAAUCCGCACUUUUGCAGUGUACCUCAAUAACACAGGUUACAGGACCGCUUUUUUUGGAAAGUACCUAAAUGAAUAUAAUGGUUCCUAUGUGCCUCCUGGCUGGAAAGAAUGGGUUGGAUUGCUUAAAAAUUCUCGUUUUUACAACUACACACUCUGUAGAAAUGGAGUAAAAGAAAAGCAUGGAUUUGACUACUCUAGGGAUUAUCUGACGGACUUGAUCACCAACGACAGUAUUAGUUUCUUCCGAAUCUCGAAGAAGAUGUAUCCUCACAGGCCAGUUUUGAUGGUCCUCAGCCAUGCAGCCCCUCAUGGCCCUGAAGACUCAGCCCCACAGUACUCUCAUCUCUUCCCCAACGCUUCUCAACACAUCACGCCCAGUUACAACUAUGCACCAAACCCAGACAAGCAUUGGAUCAUGAGGUAUACUGGACCCAUGAAACCUAUUCACAUGGAAUUCACCAAUAUGCUACAGCAGAAACGCCUUCAAACUCUUGUGUCUGUAGAUGACUCUAUGGAGGCGAUCUAUAAUACAUUGAUUGAAACAGGUGAACUGGAUAAUACAUAUGUAAUAUAUACUGCAGACCAUGGCUAUCAUAUUGGACAAUUCGGGCUGGUGAAAGGAAAAUCCAUGCCUUAUGAAUUUGACAUCAGAGUUCCUUUUUAUAUUCGUGGUCCUAAUGUGGAGGCAGGAUCCUUGAAUCCUCACAUUGUAUUGAACAUAGAUCUGGCCCCAACCAUUCUAGACAUUGCAGGUCUGGACAUUCCACCUGACAUGGAUGGGAAAUCCAUUUUAAAACUGCUGGAUUCUGAAAGACCAGUUAAUAGGUUCCAUUUGAAAAAGAAGAUGAAGGUCUGGAGGGACUCAUUCUUGGUGGAGAGAGGGAAACUGUUGCACAAGAGAGAGAAUGAUAAAAUGGACGGUCAGGAAGAAAAUUUCUUGCCCAAGUACCAGCGGGUGAAAGAUCUCUGCCAGCGAGCAGAGUACCAGACUGCAUGUGAACAGCUUGGACAG